CUCCUUCCUUCCCGUCUCUCUCUCCCUCCGCUGCUAACCAACAGUUAGCACUAGCACGUUAGCCUCCAGCAGCUGUCGGUGGCAGUCAGUCCGAGUGGUGGUGCAUUUGUAAUCAUCCUCCUCCUCCUCCUCUCCCGUAGAUAGACCGUGGACGGCCAGGUUGUUUCUUCGGGAGCCAGCUGCUUCACCUCCUCGGGCUACCUGCAGUAAAAUUGUGUUGUCCUCGUCGUCACGACAGGAAGAAGCCCUGGGACAUGGCCAGACCAGAACAAGUACUGGUGCUAGAGCCACAACACGAACUGAAAUUCAGAGGCCCGUUUACAGAUGUCGUCACUGCCACUCUGAAGCUCACCAACCCCACAGAUAGAAAUGUGUGUUUCAAAGUCAAGACAACCGCGCCUCGCAGAUACUGUGUGCGCCCAAACAGUGGCGUUAUUGAUGCUGGAAACUCCGUCAAUGUUUCUGUUAUGCUACAGCCGUUUGACUACGACCCCAAUGAAAAGAGUAAACACAAAUUCAUGGUGCAGUCCAUGCUGGCUCCAUACGACAUGACUGACAUGGAAGGAGUUUGGAAGGAGGCAAAGCCUGACGAGCUGAUGGAUUCAAAGUUGAGAUGUGCAUUUGAGAUGCCUGUAGAAAAUGACAAAACUCAUGAGAGUGAAACCAACAAAACUGUGUCUUCCUCUGCCUCCUCUGUUAAGACUGAGCUCUCCACGCUGCCCAAGUCAGCCAGUGCCUCGCUGGAUGACGGCGAGGUGAAGAAGAUCAUGGAGGAGUGCAAGCGGCUGCAGAUGGAGGUGCAGAGGCUACGGGAAGAAAACAAACAGAUCAGGGAGGACGACGGGCUAAGGAAGAGAAAGGUGACCUCAAUGGGCGCGCCUUACUCUUCUUCCUCCUCCGCCAUGGCCACCUCUGCCAUGAGGGACGAAGGCCUAAGCACCCGCAUCCUGGCGCUCUGCGUGCUCUUCUUUGUCAUUGGAGUCAUCAUUGGCAAGCUGGCCCUGUAGAGACACAGACAGUGACAGACGGGCGGAUGGCGUGCUCGGGAGGACAUGUGUCAAUGACGGCAACGAGGAUGUCUUCUGGGUUUAUGUUGAUUUCUCUUUCUUUUUAACAUUUAAGGCAAUAUCACAAUGGUUUGUCUGGAUGGAAAAUGAUUUAACGUGUAAAAAGAGAACGAAGGAAGGCGAUCCCUAGUGAAACCAUGUGCGAGCGUUUUUGUCACAGGUCUUGCCUUUUUUUUGUGAAAUAAUCACCACCUCUGAUCUGUUCUUCUCUGUCCAUCCCUCCUUCCUAAAUGAUCUUCCGCAUCUUGCACAGGUAACAGUUAGUUGUGUGUGGAAGUGGCUUCAUGCUGGCUGAAUGUCAAAAGUCUUUCAUUGAUUCUUCUUUUGAUUCUUAAGUCUUCAAGUUCCUCACUCACAUUGUCUAUAAAAAAGAUCUAACACUCCUCUUCUGAUAAUCUCUCUUCCACUUAUUACUGCUAAUCUGCAAAGAGAGGUGAACAGUAAUCAGUGAAAGGUGUGUGUGUGUGUGUGUGUGUGUGUGUGUGUGUGUGUGUGUGUGUGUGUGUGUGUGUGUGUGUGUGUGUGUGUGUGUGUGUGUGUGUGUGUGUGUGUGUGUGUGUGUGUGUGUGUGUGUGUGUGUGUGUGUGUGUGUGUGUGUGUGUGUGUGUGUGUGUGUGUGUGUGUGUGUGUGUGUGUGUGUGUGUGUGUGUGUGUGUGUGACGAUGAAAUCACAGGCUGUUUAAGAGCGGAGGAAGAGGGGUGAUUUGAAAACAAAAUGUAAUCUAAACAGAUUUCCUGUACACAACAGAAAAAUGGGGGGUCUUUGUUGGAAAUCAGUUUAAAACUUGAUCAUGUUUGUCGCUUACUGGCCCAAGGAAUCAGUAGAAAUCCAAUAAAUCAAUUUUUUUGGCCAUUUGUGAAAUUAUAACCUGGUACGCAUCAAGAUAUGGAUAAGAAUUUAUGCUGCACGAUGAUGUAGUUAAAAAAACAAAGCUGUAAUAUUUAGUAAAAGACAUCAGAUUUUUCUAGUUCACAUUUUUACUUGUCUUGAUACUUCAUCAGUUUGAGAGAGGCAGCCCCCUGGACAUUUUCAAUAUAUAACAUACAGUAUGUAACAAUAGCUUUGGCCACCUUGUUUAAUUUUGCCCAUGGAGUAUUGUAUUUGCGUCCUCUAGUGUAUUACAGCAGCUGUUUGCCUUUUUUUCUUAUCAUGUAGCCACAAUGCUUCUGUUGUUUAUAAUAUUCAAAUGCACUAUAUUCAAGUGUCCACUCUGCAUGAAAUGACCUGGAUUUAUUAUGAUUAUUAUUCUCUUUUCUUUUUUGAGUGUUGAAGUUUAUUGGCAAAACAAAAAAGACAUACCGUCUUCUUAAAAGGGACCAUCGUGGGUGUGUGCGUGUGAGAGAGAGAGAGAGAGAGAGAGAGAGAGAGUGAGUGUGUGAGUGAGUGUGUGUGAGAGAGAGAUUAUCUUUUUCUUUUGUUUCCUGUUGGGCUCUGGUGGUCGUGCGGUAACUGAGACAACACAGCUGUAUUAUCUCGGCUGUCUCAUGACCAUCUAAGCAGGUUGUUCAAGAAAAAAAAAAAGAAUAAAUAUCUGUAUUUUUCGUUGCCUGAGGGAGCUCUGGGAGCAGAGAAGUGGGAAUGUGGAUGUCUGGGAGGAGGACUGACCUGUGAAUACACACUACAUUAAAGAAGAAAAAAAAAACGACAUUAGCGCUUCAGACCACACAUGCAAAGAUACAGUCACACAGCAAUGUAAUCACACAGUAAUUGGAUACUCUUUUGUAUGUACAUAAAAAUAUAACUGGCAAAGUUAUUAACAUACUGUAGUAAAGGAAGAAAAUAAACAACCAACAUGGAUCAUGUAGCAUCAUAAUGAAUUAAAAUAUAUAAAUUCCCCCCCCCCAUCCCCAACUGUCUGCUUCUGUGAAAAGCUUGCACUUUUUUGGUAUUUAAUUCUAAAUUUAAAACGAGAUUGUAAGGUGUGUGCCAAAAAGAAAUUUCAGAUAGUAAGUAACGGAGCAAAUAUCUGGGGUGCAGAAACACUAAGCUGUUGCUCUAAAUUAGUGGUUAUCCAGUGCUGAAAUAAAAUGUAACUGCUCUUUGUAUUAAA